AUGGACGAAACUGAGGCGCCUGGGGCCGAAAAAGGCUUACUACUGCAUUACGCCUCCCCCGCAUCUUCAUGGCCAGAGGCUCUCCCCAUUGGCAAUGGACGAUUGGGAGCCAUGAUUCACGGGCGAACAACGACUGAAUUGCUGCAGCUCAACGAAGAUUCUGUCUGGUACGGCGGUCCGCAGGAUAGGACGCCCCGGGACGCACUUGGCAGCUUGGCCACGCUGAGGCAGCUGAUCCGCGAUGAGAAGCACAAAGAGGCAGACUCUCUUGUGCGCGAGGCCUUUUUCGCUACGCCCUCCAGUAUGAGGCAUUAUGAACCGUUGGGCGAGUGCACCAUGGAGUUUGGGCAUCAAGAGAGCGACGUUAGCGAUUACAUGCGCUGCCUUGAUUUGAGCACGGCGCAAAACACAACAAAGUACACUUGUAAAGGUGUCUCGUAUCGCCGCGAUGCAAUUGCCAGUUUCCCGAGCAAUGUCCUGGCCAUCAGAUUCCAGGCAUCUGAAAGAACGCGCUUCAUCAUAAGAUUAAGUCGGCGCAGCGAAGUCGAGUUUGAAACAAAUGAGUACCUCGACAGCAUGCAUACACAGGACAACCGCAUCAUUCUCAAUGCGACACCGGGUGGGAAGAACAGCAAUAGUCUAGCACUUGUUCUCGGUGUCACCUGCGCUUCGGAAAAUGGAACAGUUAAAGCCAUCGGAAAUUGCUUGAUUGUCAACGCAACUGAAUGUGUUAUCGCCAUUGGCGCACAUACAACCUUCAGAUCCAAGAACCCAGAUGCAUCUGCCCUCCAUGACGUCAACUCAGCUCUUCGCGAGCCAUGGGCCAAACUCAUCAAUCGCCAUCAACAUGACUACACCAGCCUCUUUGGCCGCAUGUCCCUCCGCCUAUGGCCAGACGCAAACCAUCUCCCAACAGACCAACGAAUACAAAGUUACCGAGAUCCAGGGCUGGUAGCACUAUACCACAAUUACGGACGCUACCUCCUCAUCUCGUCGAGUCGCAAGUCGCCCAAGGCCCUCCCUGCCAAUUUGCAAGGUAUAUGGAAUCCUUCCUUCGCACCACCAUGGGGAUCAAAGUUCACAAUCAACAUCAACCUCCAGAUGAACUACUGGCCAGCUGCAACAUGCAACCUCAUUGACUGCGCCACACCACUUGUCGACCUCCUAGAGCGAAUGGCUGUAAACGGAAAGAAGACAGCCAAGAUGAUGUAUAACUGCAGGGGGUGGUGCGCUCAUCACAACACAGAUAUCUGGGCUGAUACUGAUCCACAAGAUCGAUGGAUGCCUGCCACUAUCUGGCCCCUCGGUGGUAUCUGGCUGUGCAUAGAUGUUAUCAAGAUGCUCAUCUAUCAGUAUGACUACUCACUUCAUUGUCGCAUCGCCCCUCUGCUGGAAGGCAGUGUCCAAUUUCUCCUCGACUUUCUCAUUCCCUCAGCCUGCGGCAAAUACCUGGUCACCAACCCAUCCAUAUCUCCUGAAAACUCCUUUAUAUCCGAGUCGGGAGAAACGGGCAUCUUUUGCGAGGGCUCUGUUAUCGACAUGACCAUCACACGCAUCGCUUUGGAAAGCUUCCUCUGGAGCAUAAGCAUGCUCAACAAAGACCACCCGCUCCGUAAGGAUGUCAUUACAACUCUCGACAGAUUGCCGCCAUUUAUGGUAAACAAAGAAGGGUUCAUACAAGAAUGGGGUUUAAAGAACCGCAAAGAAGCCGAACCCGGGCAUCGUCAUAUGUCUCACCUCUUUGGGCUAUAUCCCGACGAUUUCAUCAGCUUGGACUCGUCACCGGUGCUGGUUAGGGCUGCAAAGAAGGCUAUUGCACGAAAGAUGGAAAAUGGAGGCGGCCAUACUGGGUGGAGUAGAGCCUGGCUAAUGGCACUUUGUGCACGCCUUGGUGAUGCUCAAAGCUGUGAAGAGCACAUGGAUUCAUUAUUGAAAACCUCCACUUUGCCAAACCUGCUCGACAAUCAUCCUCCGUUCCAGAUUGACGGCAACUUUGGUGGAUGUGCUGCAAUCACAGAGUGUCUGGUACAAUCAACCUUGAGAUCGGAGUCAGCUUCGAACCAAAUUGUCAUCAUACAAUUACUCCCCAGCUUACCUUCAUCUUGGAAGAAUGGCAAGUAUACAAAUAUCAGAGCAAUGGGAGGUUGGUUGGUUUCGCUAGAGUGGAAGGAAGGUCAGAUCAUAAAACCACUUCUUGUCGAGGCGACUGUAGCCCAAGCUCCAGAUGCUCUUGUGGUCUUUCCUACCGGUGAGAGAGUUCCUGUGUUCAAUAAGAGGACAGGGCAACAGAAGGUUUGGUAUGGGUGA